AUUUCGUCAGUCCCAAAUCGAACAGGUCUGCGCCAGAAAGUUGUAAUUGAAAAGCUACUUCAGCGGUGCAGUAACACCACCCUUUCGUACAUCGCAAAAACAGGUCCUCAGUAAACGUUGCACGAUGGCAAUAGAACGUUCAGCUUUACUCCUGACAAUUUUACUGGCCACAUCUUCAGCCUGGCCGUAUUUCCGACGUCGCGACAUAUUUGACAACGCGGUGGACAGCCCCAACGGGCCGAUGGGCUACAUGCGAAAUUUCGAGGAGGUUCUUCACGCUCUGCCGAAUAAUGACACCGGGAGAAAGGUCGCUGAAUGGCACGAACAGAUGGAGAUUAAUCCAGAGGAGCUAGGGGAAUACGCCGAGGGUGACAUCCUCUUCCCGGAAGGAAUGGGUCGCAACGGUCUCAAGUCGGAGACAAUGCGGUGGCCCGGGGGUGUAGUCCCUUACAUGAUCAGCCCAUAUUUCACCGGAGUGGCUUUGAACCUGAUCCACGAAGCCAUGGAUGACUUCCACAAAAAUACGUGCAUCAAGUUCAAACCCUACGCCGGAGAAGAGACCGAUUACAUAAGAAUUGCAGCCGGGAACACCGGGUGCUGGAGCAGCGUAGGUCGUACCGGAGGUAGGCAGGAUGUGAACCUCCAGGUACCGGGAUGUGUCACCAAAAAGGGAACAAUAAUUCACGAACUGAUGCACGCGGUUGGAUUUUUGCACGAACAGAACAGAUGGGAACGCGACGAUCACGUCCUCAUCAACUGGGGCAACAUCCAAUCAGGGCGCAGGAACAAUUUCGAGAGGGCAACGAAGGAAACCACCGACGCAUUUGGUGUCGGGUAUGACUAUGGCAGCGUAAUGCAUUACUCGUCGAACGCUUUUUCCACUAAUGGGAAGCCGACUAUUGAGCCCAAGGAGCCCGGCGGUCUUCUCUCGAUGGUCGGUGAGUAUUUCUUCGGUAAAACCAAGGCAGUUCUUGGACAGCGCGAAGGGUUCAGUACGAAAGACAUCCAAAAAAUCCGACGCAUGUACAAGUGUGCCAAGCGAAGGAGGAGCUACAACUAAUUAAUUUAUAGAAAGUCGUUUUUAAUUAACUUUUCACGAUUUGAGCUCGUCAAGCGAUUUUCCUACAAGCUUGCAGCCCUAGUUUCCUCUCCGAGGUUCGACUUCAAAUUAUAUCUGUUAUCCGAGUCAAAUUUGGAUUCUUAAUCGGGUUGCAGGCACUCGUUGUGGUCAGCUUAUUUCGCGAAAGGAUCAACCUUCCUCUAUGGUGUAAGACUAGUCUACAAAAUAUUAUAUUUAAUUAUUAAGUAUUUAGGAUUACGCAUGUGACAGGGGUGUGCAAAUAUUUGAAAUGUUAUAAUUUUUCAUACGUUAUUCAAGUGGGGAGAAAAUAUAGGUAUACGUAUGAUUUGCACAGCCCUAUCACGUAUGUUUGAUGGCAGCUUUGGGUAUGAGUGAAAUCGGGGAUAACUUGUCUUAAUUUUAAACAAGACAUCUGGAAUUAGCCGAAACGAACCUAGUUUCGUAUCUUGAAAAUUCGAAACAUUUCAAUUUUACAUAACAACAAUCAAGGCGCAGUGUGCGAAUAUGAGCGAAAUGAGUCUGGUCUGCCAUUUUCGGAGCUCAAGCUCCAUCAAUAAAACACACCAAAGUACAAUGUUAGCUACGUAAGACGUAGUUUAAUUUAUAUAUAUUAACCAAUGUGUGAUCAAAUAAUCAAUAAAUAUUCAUAUCUCAAAA